ACCCAGACAAUGAAAGAGGAGGCACUAGACAGUAGCCAAACUGCUGGCCAAUUGCGAGUCAGUGAGCCACUGUUGAUCUUCCUCCACCUUUAAGAAUAAACAUCAUUCGCUUAACCCUAACCGGAACCGACUCAUCUAUAGUAAUCUCUUCCUUCAUUCUCUUUCUUGUCAAUGCUCCGUCUAGCUGCCAAGGUCCAAAAGGAGAGGGUUCCUCUGUUAAAUGCUCUCUCUCUUCAACCUCUGCCCAGUUUUUUUCCCUUUAAUGUCUUCAAUUGCCGUCUCUCUCCCCUCUGUUACGUUAGGGUCCCAAAUACUCCUGCUUUUUGAUUUUGUUUCCUUUUUAAAGCAAAACCCUUGUAGCGGAAAAUUAAGAUUCGAUUUGUGGUUUCCGGGUUUGCAAAAUUCGGUCUCGUUAGCAGCAUGAGUGAUCCAAAGAAGUUGCUGUUAUUUGGAUCAUUCUCUGAAGAUGAAACCAGAUCAUUGCUGCUAAAACAGACUUCUGGUGGGAAUAAAAAGCCUGUACAGAAGAAUCAGCUGCAAUUUGGUUCUCUGAAUUUUUCAACUGAUGGAUCUUCAGUUGGUAUUACUGGUGAAUCAAGCAAGUCGCCAAAAUCCACAGAAAUAUCAGAUAGUGUUCUUACCUCUGAUUCUCAUAAGUGUGAUGAAGCGAACAAAGUCAAUACAGUCCGUGAUAAUUUACCUGGAGAAUCACCAAAAGUAUCAGAGAGUAUUCCUCCCUCUGAUUCUCACAAAUGUAAUGGACUGAAUAAUGUUAAUAUAGUCAAUAAUAAUUUACCUGGAGUAUCAGGAACUGUAAAAGAGAAUGGAAGCAAUGCCAAUCUCGUCAUUGGUCCCUCAUAUAUAGUUGAUGUAAAUGAAGUUAAAAAGGAAAGUGUCUCUUACACGAUGCCCUCUGAUAUAGAUGGCCCCUUGAAUCAGUUUGCAAGUUUGAAACUGAAUGAUUCUGAGAUUGGAAGCCUGAAGCAUGUAGAUGAAAAUGGGAGUCUUGAUCAAGACUCUGAGAACGCAUCAAAUGGGCAUGUCACCCUCUCUAAAGAGCUCCUUCCUCGAGGCCUUAUUAACUCUGGAAACUUGUGCUUCCUAAACGCAACUGUGCAAGCUCUCUUGUCAUGCUCUCAUUUUGUUCAGCUUUUGCAGGAAUUAAGAACCCGCAAGUUUCCUAAGGCUGGCUAUCCAACAUUGACUGCAUUUGCUGAGUUUAUUGCUCAAUUUGACAUGCCAAAUAGCACAAAUGUAAAGAAGAAAGAUGAUGCCCUUGAGUUAGGAAGGCCAUUUUGCCCUGCCAUGUUUGAAGGGGUUCUGAAGAAUUUUACUCCAGAUGUGCCAAAUAGCAUAUCAGGAAGACCAAGGCAGGAAGAUGCUCAGGAAUUUCUGAGCUUUGUAAUGGAUCAAAUGCACGAUGAAUUACUGAAGCUUGAAGGACAGUCAAGUGUUAAUGGGGGCAACUCGUCCCUAGUUUGUUCUGUGGAAGAUGAUGAGUGGGAGACAGUAGGACCAAAGAACAAAUCUGCUGUCACAAGGACCCAAAGUUUCCUUCCUUCUGAAUUAAGUGAAAUUUUUGGAGGACAAUUAAGAAGUUUGGUGAGAGCUAGAGGAAAUCGUGCUUCUGCCACCAUUCAACCAUAUCUCUUGCUCCACCUUGACAUUUACCCUGAUGCUGUUAAUACCAUUGAGGAUGCACUUCACUUGUUUUCUGCACCUGAGACUCUUGAAGGUUUUCGAGCAUCAGUUACUGGAAAGGCUGGCGUUGUGGCUGCAAGAAAAUCUGUACAGAUACAGACACUUUCCAAGAUAAUGAUAUUGCACCUAAUGCGUUUUAGUUAUGGAAGCCAAGGGAGCACUAAGUUGCAUAAGCCUGUGCAUUUUCCUUUCCAGUUGAUGUUGGGUCGUGAUCUGCUUGUAUCGCCAACUACCGAGGGCCGAAGAUAUGAGCUUGUUGCUACAAUAACUCACCAUGGAAGGGAGCCUUCGAAGGGCCACUACACGGCUGAUGCUCGAUACUCCAAUGGUCAGUGGCUGCGAUUUGAUGACGCGUCAGUCUUUGCCAUUGGAGAAAACAAGGUGUUGCAUGAUCAAGCAUAUGUCCUCUUUUACAAACAAGUGUGAAGCCAUAAUUCCUGCACUGACUUCUCCCUUGGGAAUUGUGGUUGCUAUCUCUGAUUACUGUUCGUGGUUCAUUCAACAUUUGUAUGAACUGGUCAACCUCCAUGUCCAUGGAUCAGGAGUCCGGACUCUCAUUCUUGUCAUCAUAUUGCUUGGGUUCCAUGAAUGGUUUUCCCACUCUUUGGCGUGACUUGUUAUCUUAAGAUUGAAAUAGUCGUUUAACUUAUAUUCAAGGGGGAAAGUUCUGGUGUUCUUUAGGUAUGGCCAAGGGAUGUAUCCCAAUACUGUUGUAAUAGAUUCUUAAGGAAUGCUCUGCUUAUAUUAUACUGACUUUGUUUGAGGUGAUUGGUGGAAUUUUAGCUUAUAGUUUUGUAAUUCAAGUUUCUGCCCUUUUUUGACCUGUUCA